CGGGGGAAGCAGCCCGAGCGCUGCGUGCGUGCGGGCGCCGGAGUCGGUCCGCGCCGCGGGGACUCAGAGGUGAACCCGGCCCCGCGGUGCCUCCUCCGGGAGCUUACGGUCCCUCUGGUGUGGGAGAUAAGACGAGUACACAAAUAGCCGCGGUACCAGGAAGGAGGUGAGGAGUCCUGUGAACUGCAGAGUGUAAGAGAGGUACCUGGGAAAGACCCGACCGGUCGAUCGCUUCCGCCUCGGCAGAAAUCUGGAAGACUUCCUGGGUCAAGCAGGCAGAGUGCAACAGAGCCCUCUGUCACUGCCGUCAUGCCGUUCCCAUUUGGGAAGUCUCACAAAUCUCCUGCAGACAUCGUGAAGAACCUGAAGGAGAGCAUGGCUGUUCUGGAAAAGCAGGACAUUUCUGACAAAAAGGCAGAAAAGGCUACAGAAGAAGUUUCCAAAAACUUGGUUGCCAUGAAAGAAAUUCUGUAUGGCACAAAUGAGAAGGAGCCACAGACAGAAGCAGUGGCCCAGCUGGCUCAAGAACUGUAUAAUAGUGGGCUCCUUAGCACCCUGGUAGCUGAUUUACAGCUCAUUGACUUUGAGGGCAAAAAAGACGUGGCUCAGAUUUUCAACAAUAUCCUGAGAAGACAAAUUGGUACAAGAACUCCUACUGUUGAAUACAUCUGCACCCAACAGAAUAUUUUGUUCAUGUUAUUGAAAGGGUAUGAAUCUCCAGAAAUAGCUCUAAAUUGUGGAAUAAUGUUAAGAGAAUGCAUCAGACAUGAACCUCUGGCAAAAAUCAUUUUGUGGUCAGAACAGUUUUAUGAUUUCUUCAGAUAUGUCGAAAUGUCAACAUUUGACAUCGCUUCAGACGCAUUUGCCACAUUCAAGGAUUUGCUUACAAGACAUAAGUUGCUCAGUGCAGAAUUUUUGGAACAGCAUUAUGAUAGAUUUUUCAGUGAAUACGAGAAGCUACUUCAUUCGGAAAAUUACGUGACAAAGAGACAGUCACUGAAGCUUCUCGGUGAACUACUGUUAGAUAGACACAACUUCACAAUUAUGACGAAAUACAUCAGUAAACCUGAGAACCUGAAAUUAAUGAUGAACCUUCUGCGAGACAAAAGUCGCAACAUCCAGUUUGAAGCCUUUCACGUUUUCAAGGUGUUCGUGGCCAACCCCAGCAAGACGCAGCCCGUGCUGGACAUCCUCCUCAAGAACCAGGCCAAGCUCAUCGAGUUCCUCAGCAAGUUCCAGAACGACAGGGCCGAGGACGAGCAGUUCAACGACGAGAAGACCUAUCUAGUUAAACAGAUCAGGGAUUUGAAGAGACCAGCUCAGCAAGAAGCUUAA